CUAAGUAGUCUUUUGUUGGUUUAACUUAAUUGUCAGUCAGAUCCAAUGCCUGAAUCUACUCAACAAUCCCACCUCACCUUGGACCACGAGAAGAAGAUGGACCCUCCACAGGGUUUCUUCGAGAGGUCCAAGUCCAAGCCUAACUUGCCAGACUUUGACACCUACAAGAAGAUGUACGACCAGUCCGUUACCGAUCCAAAUACCUUCUUCGGUGAACAAGCCAAGAACAGCUUGGAUUGGUUCAAACCUUUUGACUUGGCAAGAUUUCCUGUCGAUUCCAAGGACGACUUCAAAAACGGUGACUUGCCAGCUUGGUUCAUCAACGGUCAGUUGAAUGCCUGUUACAAUGCUGUUGACCGUUGGGCCAUCAAGAACCCCAACAAGCCUGCUAUCAUCUAUGAAGGAGAUGAACCAAACACCGGCAGAAUCAUCUCUUACGGUGAAUUAUUGAAACAGGUAUCGAAGUUGGCACAGUCUUUGACAAAGUUGGGAGUCAAGAAGGGAGACUCUGUUGCCGUCUAUUUACCAAUGAUUCCUGAAGCCAUCGUUACAUUGUUGGCUAUCGUGAGAAUUGGAGCUAUCCACUCGGUAGUUUUCGCAGGUUUCUCGUCGACAUCACUUAAGGACAGAAUCUUGGAUGGUGACUCUCAAAUCGUCAUCACUGCUGACGAGUCUAAGAGAGGUGGAAAGACUAUUGAAACCAAGAAAAUUGUCGACGACGCCUUGAAGGACUGUCCAAAUGUCAGAAACGUCAUUGUCUUCAAGAGAACUGGUAACGCUCACGUACCUUUCAAUCCUAAGAGAGAUUUGUGGUGGCACGAAGAAUUGGACAAAUAUGGUCCAUACUUCCCACCUGUUCCAGUCAACUCUGAAGACCCAUUGUUCUUGUUAUAUACCUCGGGUUCUACUGGAAAGCCAAAGGGUGUUCAGCACAACACCGCUGGUUACUUGUUGGGCGCUCUUUUGACCACCAAGUAUACUUUUGAUGUCCACGAAGAUGAUAUUAUCUUUACUGCAGGUGAUAUCGGCUGGAUUACCGGGCAUACGUAUGUCGUAUACGGUCCUCUUUUGAAUGGUGCCACCACCGUUGUUUUUGAAGGAACUCCAGCCUAUCCUAACUUCUCGAGAUACUGGGAUAUCGUUGACGAGUACAAAGUUAACCAGUUCUAUGUCGCCCCUACUGCCCUUAGAUUGUUGAAGAGAGCCGGCACUAAGUUUGUUGAGAACUACGACUUGUCUUCGCUCAGAGUUCUUGGAUCCGUCGGUGAACCUAUUGCUGCUGAAGUCUGGCAUUGGUACAACGACAACAUCGGCAGAGGCAAGGCACACAUUGUCGAUACCUACUGGCAAACCGAGUCGGGAUCACAUUUGUUAACUCCUUUGGCCGGUGUGACUCCUACGAAGCCUGGUUCUGCUUCUUUACCAUUCUUUGGUAUUGUUCCCAAGAUCUUGGAUCCUACCACUGGUGCCGAAUUGAAUGAGAACGACGUCGAAGGUGUUUUGGCAAUCAAAUCUGCCUGGCCAUCGAUCACCAGAGGUAUCUUCAACGACUACAACAGAUUUAUCGACACCUACUUGAAACCAUACCCUAACCACUACUUUUCCGGAGAUGGUGCUGCCAGAGAUAAUGAUGGUUUCUACUGGAUCUUGGGUAGAGUUGAUGAUGUGGUUAAUGUAUCUGGUCAUAGAUUAUCCACUGCCGAAAUUGAGGCUGCUCUUAUUGAGCACCACUUAGUGGCUGAAUCGGCCGUUGUGGGUUAUGCUGACGACUUGACUGGUCAAGCUGUGGCUGCCUACGUUUCCCUCAAGAAAGACAAGAACAUCGAAGACGACAUCGAAGCCGUCAAGAAGGAAUUGAUCUUGACUGUCAGAAAGGAAAUUGGUCCUUUUGCUGCUCCUAAGUUGAUUUUGUUGGUUGAUGACUUACCAAAGACCAGAUCUGGUAAGAUCAUGAGAAGAAUCUUGAGAAAGGUUUUGGCUGGUGAAGCUGAUCAGUUGGGUGAUAUCUCAACUUUGUCGAACCCCGGUGUUGUCAAACAGAUCAUCGAUGUUGUCAACUCCUCAAAGAAGUAAUGGUAGUAAUAAUAUGAUGUUUUUUUUUAAUUAUAAAACCUAUUUAUUAAUUGCUCGUUAGUUAGUUAAUUUGUCUAUUUAUUGUUUGAUUUCAAAUGUAUAAACAGAUG